AUGAAGGUCCUCAUCAUCGUCUCGGCAUUCGUGUCGCUCACCGCAGCUGCCGCCGCGCCCAGCAAUGGCAACGGCAACGGCAACGGCAACGACAGCGCUCCCUGCAAGCCGGUGUCGACGCGGCCCACCGUCGUGGCGCAUCCCAAGCAGCCGCGUCUGCCGAUCCCCAUCCCGCCGCCGCGCAACAAAGUGUGCUGUGUCAAGACGCACGGCGACGGCGUGACGGACGACUCCACGUACAUCAUGUCGGCCUUCCACGCGUGCAAUCACGGGGGCCACGUCGUCUUCCGCGCGGACACGACGUACCUGGUCGGCACGGCCAUGGACUGGACCUUUCUCAAGGACAUUGACAUCGGUGGGUCCGGUCGAACAAUCACUGUGAACACAGUCGCUAACAUCCCCCCAGACAUCCAAGGGACGAUCCAGUUCACAAACGACACCGACUACUGGCAGGCCAACUCGUUCCGCUUCGGCUUCCAGAACGUCACCAGCUUCUUCAAGCUCGGCGGCGAGAACGUCUUCGUCUACGGCGGCGGCACGCUCCACGGCAACGGCCAGGUCUGGUACGACCUGCACGCCCAGGACACGGACACCCUGCGGCCCGUGCUCGUGGGCAUCGACGGGCUCCAGAACAGCGUCGUGGCCGACCUCCACCUGCGCCUCAGCCCCAUGUACUACCACUUUGUCGCCAACGCGAGCAACGUCGUCUUCAGCGACAUUGACAUUUCCAUUUCCAAUUCCAAUGGGGGCGCCUCGUCGAGCGCCCACCACGCCGCCAAGAACACCGACGGCUGGGACACGUACCGCAGCAGCGACAUUGCCAUCCUCAACUCGGUCGUCGUCAACGGCGACGACUGCGUGUCCCUGAAGCCCAACAGCACCCACAUCCUCGUCGCGUCGCUGUCCUGCACCGGCAGCCACGGCAUCAGCAUCGGCAGCCUCGGCCAGUACGCCGGCGCCUACGACAUUGUCGAGCACGUCUGGGUCGGCAACGUCAGCCUGCACGCCGCCACCGACGGCGCCCGCAUCAAGGUCUGGCCCAACACGCCCUCGGCCCUGUCGGGCGACCUGCAGGGCGGCGGCGGCGGCGGUCGCGUCCGCAACAUCACCUACGACGGCAUGUACAUCGACGGCGUCGACUACGCCAUCGAAAUCACCCAGUGCUAUGGCCAGAAAAACCUCACCGUCUGCCAGCAGCACCCGAGCUCGCUGACCCUCGCCGACGUUGUCUUCCGCAACUUUUACGGCGUCACCUCCACCAAGUACGCGCCCCAGAUCGCCGCCCUGGCCUGCUCGUCCACCGCCACCUGCCGCGCCAUCUCCGCCACCAACAUCGACGUCGUCAGCCCCCGCGGCGGCAACCAGGCCUACUGCCUCAACCAGAACGCGACCGCCCUCGACCUGACCUGCACCGACGUCUGGAAGGGGUUCAACUGA